AUGGCCAUAGUUGUUGCUGCCACGGCACCGGAAGAACAAAAAAUAACUCCCACUUCCCCAACUUGCCAACCGUCGUAUGCUGUUCACUAUUCAGCUAAUGGUAGAGACUCGUCUAUGACUACUCUUUGUCGUCCUGUCACAGAAAACCAGCUUCGGGUGCAGCGUUUCGGAUCGCACCGCAGAUUAUCAUCGAGAAGGUCGAGUAGUUGUGACAGUACAUGCGAACGGGCUCCAAGUCCUAGCCCGAGUGCUUGCGAAGAUGGCCACAAACCUAAGGUUAUAUCCAGGAGGAUGGGUAGGAGAAAUAUCAAAGCUCAGGUCAAACGAUUUAAAAUGGAAACCAAAGCUGCCAAAACUUUGGGAAUUAUAGUAGGUGGUUUCAUAUUCUGUUGGCUUCCAUUUUUUACCAUGUACCUGGUGAGAGCAUUCUGUCCAAAUUGCAUCCAUCCGCUGGUGUUCUCCAUCCUCUUUUGGCUUGGUUAUUGUAACAGUGCCAUAAAUCCUUUAAUAUACGCACUUUUCUCCAAAGAUUUCAGGUUUGCCUUCAAGAGAAUCAUCUGUAAGUGUUUCUGCACCAGGAAACAAAAAGAUUCCAGAAGAGGCUCAGAAGGAUCCCAGUUACAGGGAAGGCAAUUCAGAUCACCUAGCUAUAAUAUUCAAGUUCAUGGAAACUCUUUGGGAGAGGAGAGCGACCCCGGUGGAGACCCGUCUGAUUCAAGGUGACCUGAUGCCAGGAAAGGCAUCAGUCAGAUGUAUGGUGAAAACGAAUCAGUCAUCAAGGUGGCGAUGUGUAUGAUGGUCGGCUGACAAAAAGUUAACUUCGACAGACAGAAGCAGACUUCCUUGUAGAACAGAUGCAAAAAAUGAUGAGGAGGAUGAAUUUGAAAAUAUUGAUGGAAAGUACUCUACUCAGUGAACUUUUGUAAUUAUUGUAUUAUAGUACUCUUCGAAAGUGUUCGGCAGUAUCAUACUAAUUCAGAUUGUGGUGAUAAUUCAAAAUAUUGUACUGAUCAUCAUCCAAGGUGAGAAGUGUCUGAAAUUCAUAUCCGAUUAUGCAUUGAUGAUUGAAACAAAAAUGAAUUGUAUAUGUCGGCAAUGGGUUGUAGAUGAAGUUUUCUAGGAAAAGAAAAUGCUAAGUUUAACAUCCAUGGCACUAUCUGAUAGAAUAGUAUUUUUUUAUAUCAGGAGUUUCUUAAAGUUUUGGAGUAAGACACUUGCCUUAUUGCAUCUUCAGCACCGAUCUGAAUAAUACUACGAAAUGAUGCACUCAAUUCAUUCAUAAAAUUACGAUUCCAUGUCACGAUUAUGUUAAAUUUACUCUGAGAGUACGUAAUGACAUUUAUUCGCUCGUUUGAUUGAAUCCCAGUCAUGGGAAUCUUGUUCAACUUGAAUUGGGUGUAUUUUCAGAAGAGAUUAAUUUUUAAUAAAAUCAUUCGAUUUUGUAUCGAGUAUAUUUAAAAAUGAUUUUGGAAGGUCUUCUUCUAUCAUUUGAAGAAAUUUGUCUCUCCACUUUCGCCAUCUGAAAUGUGAGCAGCUUGUUUGUGUAGUUUUAAAUAUCCAAUGUGGCAUCAGAGCCAAAAUCACAGGUGAGACAUUCCACAAGAUCCCAAAAAAAUAUUCUUUCCUGAAAAUAUACCCCUUUCAAUUCAAAGACGAAAUGUGGUGGAGUAUUCGCACUGGGUGAUUUUCUAUACCGAAUAACUGAUA